CUAAUACCAUUGAGGUGUUAGUUUGUAUCCUGCCUAUUCAGACCCUCCCCCUUUGGCACUGUGGAUUGGCCAUAGAAGGAAACUUCGCCUCGGAUCUGCUGUAUCUGUAGUCGAGCUUCACACGAACAGGCACCGAGAGCAGAGGAAUGAUACACGCCUUAACCAGGCUGUUCUGGGCCAAGAUCGCUUCAAAAUGACGUGUCAGCAUUGAAGCGUCUCAGUCUCAGGCUGUAAGCAGAGCUGGAAUAACCAGUGCUAAAGUGUCAUUACAGACAUACAAAGCAGGUUUUCUUCCCCUGCAAUAGCAGAGGAGAAACGGUGCUCCCACACACAGGCCACUGAUGAAGAACAUGGAGAUGUUCCGUCGCUCAUCACUGUUUGCAGCAGAAGUCAUGGAAGUGUUCGAUCGCUCCCCUACAGACAAAGAACUUGUCUCACAGUCAAAAAUGUUGUGCAGGGAGUACAUUCACUCAAGGCUAACUAAAGCUGGAAUUGGUUGCACCAAAUUCGAGUUUGGAUCUACAGGAGGAAUUCUCGGAGAAGUGACCACUGUUCUUCUUUGGUUAGGUGAUGAGCUUGAAUACUUGCGACCCAACGUGUACCGCAAUGUAGCAAAGCAACUGAAUAUCACUGUGGCAUCAGAAGGGAUUGUAUCUGAUGCCUUUCUGGCUGUAGCUGCAGACAUCUUCUCCACAGGGGUGACGUGGGGUAAGGUGGUCUCUCUGUAUGCUGUAGCUGGAGCACUGGCAGUGGACUGUGUCCAGCAUGGCUACCCAGCCAUGGUCCAUACCAUUGUAGACUGCAUGGGCGAGUUUGUCCGCAAGAGCCUGGUGACCUGGUUAAAGAGGAGAGGAGGUUGGGCUGACAUUACAAAGUGUGUAGUGAACACAGACCCCAGCUUUCAUUCUCAUUGGCUGGUGGCUGCAGCCUGCACGUGUGCACACUACCUGAAGGCCAUCGUCUUCUACCUGCUGAGGGAGAAGUGAAGGCACUACAGGGAAGCAUUGGACAUUGAGCCUCUCUUCUGUUUUUGGUGGAGAGAGCUGCCAUUUCACCGCUUCCACCUGUUACUGCUCUCAGUGUGUUGACACAUGCAGGAAAGUUGCACUGUGCCGUCAAAGAACAGCUCAGCACAGACAAAUGUUCAUUAAUGUCUUCAUGCAUGGACUUCAAGGUGCAGUAAGAAAGUUCAGUGGAUUGAUGUCUAUAGGUGAUCCUACCUUGUGGGCACUUGUAUCCAAGGGGCAACUAUGAGUAGGGCACAAACUACAGGGAACUUCCUCAUCAGAAACAGGAAGAUGUGUUGUGUGAUGUUUGUCAGCAAUGUGUUAUAUUCAAGCCAUACUGUCUAACCCUAAUCUGCACUAUCACAUAGUGACUCAUUAGUUUAUCCAUGUUUUUAGUGGACUGCACUGUUUUUUGAAUACACUUUGUUGCAUCAAGUGUUAUAAAAUGGGCUAGAUAGAAAGCAUUGCAUUUAUUUCUGCUUGAGUUAUUCUGACCAGAACAACUCUAUUAGAGAAAUAAUACAUAUGCAUGUGCACAUGUGUGUAUGAUCGAGUGAGAGAAAGAGAGGAUGGACAUAAAGUGAAAGAGAUUAAAAGGUAUGAAAGCAGUAAA